AUCAGCGCUUCUUUGUGCCCUAGUUAGCUUCCUCCUUCAGCCGUUCCUCUGCUUCAACCGCGUGGAAGCAAAAGAAGAAGAAGAAGAAGCAGCCAUGGUGAAGUACUCCAGAGAACCCGACAAUCCCACCAAGUCCUGCAAGGCUAGAGGCGCCGACCUCAGAGUGCAUUUCAAGAACACUAGGGAGACUGCUUUUGCCAUCAGGAAGUUGCCCCUGGUUAAAGCUAAAAGAUACCUCGAGGAUGUUUUGGCCCACAAACAGGCCAUUCCUUUCCGACGCUUCUGUGGUGGUGUGGGAAGGACAGCCCAGGCCAAGAACAGACACUCUAAUGGACAAGGACGCUGGCCUGUCAAAUCAGCUAAAUUCAUCCUAGAUUUGCUGAAAAAUGCCGAGAGUAAUGCUGAAGUGAAAGGUUUGGAUGUGGAUGCUCUUUACAUUUCUCAUAUCCAGGUUAACCAAGCACAGAAGCAAAGACGCCGUACCUACAGAGCUCAUGGGAGAAUCAACCCUUACAUGUCAUCUCCCUGCCACAUUGAGCUGAUAUUAUCUGAGAAGGAAGAGCCUGUCAAGAAAGAGCCCGAGACGCAGUUGGCAACAAGCAAGAAGAGGGCGGCUGCUGCUUGAAGUGGUGCUUCAUCUUAACUUGCUCUGGAAGCUAGUGAUUCAAUGACCUACAUUCCUAGAUUAUGUCAGUUUUGGUGAUCAUUGUCCUUUAUAUUUGUUAAGAGACGUUUUUGAAACUUGAACAGCACUUUUUGUUUCGUAUACUAUGUUUUAAGUUACUUGAGUUACUUGGAAAAUUUUAUUAUGGUAAUCGGAUGAUUGAUUUUAGUUUCAAUUACUCUGUUGAUACCUGCUGCUUGGUAUUUGUGUAG